UUUACGACCAGUCUCGCCGGGGGAAGUCGUAAACCGGAGUCGCAGUUGGCGAGUCCGCCACACGGCGCGCCACCACCGCCCCUCCACCGCUGCACAGUGCACUCACUCUGAUGCGCUUAACGGUUCACUCAGUAGUGCAAGUGCAGUCGACGACUCGACAAUUGUAAUCAGUUAUCAGUUAUCAGCGUGCUGUGCGAGUGCGAGCCGAUGGGAGGCAACAACAACUACACGGAACUGGACCUCUCGUCUCACGGGCAUAGUCACCCCGGUGGACAGAACUCUCGUACAGCACCCAACUGCGCUCGCUGUAGGAACCAUGAGAUCAUUGUGCAGCUCAAGGGCCACAAGCGCUACUGCAAGUACAUGCACUGCAAGUGUGACAAAUGCAUACUCACCGCCGAGCGACAAAAGGUGAUGGCGAAGCAGACAGCCAUACGCAGGGCCCAGGAGCAAGACAGAGAUAGGUUGAAUAAGGGUCUACCAGUGCCUGGACGUGAAGUCACUCCUCCAUCUACCACAGUCACAGUACACGACAAUGAAGUCUGCUCGCCCGCCCCCGCCUCGACCACCGCGGCGACCAUAGCCUCCGCCGCCGCAGUCAACUCCGCUCCCUCUACACCGCGACGGAUCACCACUCCGCCACCCAGGCGACAACACAAUGCUGCAGAAAUGUGGGAAUCUAUCCUGCAGCUGCUAGACUGGUGCAGAUUGCCUCUCCACACCACACCUCUUCUGCACAUCAUCUUGUCAGAAGUCACUCCCAGUGCACCUGCAGCCUUCGAAUACUCUAGGAUAAUAGUACUCAAGCUACUGUUAUUUUGUUCCAGCUGCAGAAAUGUGGGAAUCUAUCCUGCAGCUGCUAGACUGGUGCAGAUUGCCUCUCCACACCACACCUCUUCUGCACAUCAUCUUGUCAGAAGUCACUCCCAGUGCACCUGCAGCCUUCGAAUACUCUAGGAUAAUAGUACUCAAGCUACUGUUAUUUUGUUCCAGCUGCAGAAAUGUGGGAAUCUAUCCUGCAGCUGCUAGACUGGUGCAGAUUGCCUCUCCACACCACACCUCUUCUGCACAUCAUCUUGUCAGAAGUCACUCCCAGUGCACCUGCAGUCUUCGAACGCUUUAAAGAAGGAAUUUCAUUUCGACGCUUCAAAAGCUCAAAUUCUUUUAAGAGCUAUUUUAUCAAUAUUUAUCUGAGGAUCUUAUCCUAUUACGAUAAAAUAAAAUCUUAUAUUCUUUUACAAAAAAUCAGAACCUUUGUUGUAUUUACUUUUAUGACAUACUACGUAAUUAUAAGGCAUAUUUUAACAAACCUGAAGUUUUUAUGUAAAUGUCACUUUGUAUAUUCACAAAACUAAAUAUAAAUUAUUUUGCAAUAAUUACAAUAAAGUGUCAUGAAGAUCCUGAUCAAAAUUAACUCGUAUGCAAGAAAGAAGAAAUAUAAAUGAACCAGCAUUACUAUUGUGAAAAAGUGUACUGUGAUGAGUUCAUGUUUUGUAUAUUUAAAAAAACAAUACAGAUCCUCAGAUUCAAGAAAUACCAAGAAGAGUCAAGAUAAGAAGAUAUGAAAAUUAUGUUCUACAGUCAACAUCAACGCAAAUCCUGAAAAACACAUCAAACUACCAAGCCUAAGAAGAUUUGUAGCUUCAUUCAUAAAAAAUCAACUCAAACGAACUAAAUUAGUAUUUUUAUUUGUUCAAAGUAAAGUAGUUUAAUUUUCGUUUGACAAAAUGCCACGUGGCACGUAAUAAUUUUUAUUUGCAUGAUCAGGACUAUGAAAAGUCAACCUAUUAAACGAAAAUGUAUAUUUUAUAACCAUCCAACUCUGACAUGAACAACUUUAAGCAAGAGACGAAGCAACCAAAAUAAGAUCUUCAACCAUGCAUUGACACUAAUUUACCAGUUAAACAGUUAAACGUGAGAUUACGGUGUUUAUAACGUUUGCACUAACAUUCCAUUGUGUAAAUUGACGUCAUACAAUUAAAGUUCAAAGUUCAAGUUCAAGUUGCAAAAUAUUUCCUUGAAUUAUGGAGUUUUGAAAUCUUAGUUACACUAUGUUAAAGAAACGUUCACAAUUUUUUACCAUUGUUUGUCAUCGAUUGAUCAUUAAAUCUCUAUGAAGGGUUGAUUCAAGGACCAAAGAAAUAUUACCAUCAACACAAUUAAUUUAAUAAUUUCAUGCUUAAUAUAAUACAAUUAAUUUGUGAAAAAAAAAAUAAUUUAUUGACGUUUAUUUUACAUGAACUUAAUUAUUACUGUGAUGAAACAUUAAACACUGGUCAAUAUGCAAAACAAUACAAGGAAAUCGUGGUUUCUUUAAGAAGACUGCAACAAAACGGAAAGAAGAGAGAAGAAGACUGCAACAAAUCGGAAAGAAGAGAGAAGAAGACUGCAACAAAACGGAAAGAAGAGAGAAGAAGACACACAAAAGUUGGACGUUUGUUUCUGCGAAAUAUUAUCAAUUGCAUUAAAACUGAAUUUUAGUUAAUAAUACUCAUAAUUAGAUAAAUAUUUCUAUUACAGUAUCGAAACUUAACAUUUGAGCCAAACGAUAAGUAGUUUGAAAAUCGGUAUGCUUUUACUCCGAAAUUUCCUAAUAUCGCAAUAGAUUUGUAUUUCCUGAUAAGUAAUCUGGCCACUAAUGUAAAACGUAAAAAAGUUAUGCUCUUAAUUUAAAUUAUAUUUACGAGGGAAUUUCGGUUCUCUACGAAGACUUCCAUGAAAAAAAUCAUAGCAUCCAAGAAACAUCGAGAGGAUUCAGGAAUCAAUUAAGAAAGAAAAAUCGUAAAAUCUGCUGUGGAUUACACUCAAACAAAAAUGCUGUAAGUUUAAAGUUGAAUGACAAGUAAAUAUUGUUUUUAAAUCGGUUUUAUUCUAUUCCAAGAUAAAAGUUUUAUUUCAUUCAAAGAUUUUAUCCAAAAAGUGUUUUGAAAAUUGCAUAGCUCUUCAGUAGCAAAGUGGUCUGGCUACUCAUGUAGGAAGUUACUCUUUUGAUUCAAUUUUCCACGAAGACUUUAAUCGUGAAAGAAACCAGCAUAAAAUUAAAAGACAUCAUACAGACUCAUGAUUCAAGUAAUGAAGAAACUCAUAAAAAACUCUACUAGCUAUCGCCUCUUCUCUUCUAGACUUCUACUUCUCUUCUUGAUAUUUUAACGCACUUUUACCGUUCCGUGACUCACUUUUUGAUGCCCAUCAGCAUUUUUAUGUUGCGAUGUUAAAUAAAUUAGCUACAUGUUCCACUAACAUAAAAGUAAUAACACAAUUGAACAUUUUGCUUCUGGAAUUUGGUUGAGUUCUGUUUGAAUAGCUUUUUACCAACGUUAAGGAAUAAUGAUGAUGAACUUUUUCCAAACUCAAUGAGAAGGAGGUUCCAUUUGGACUACAAGAUUCAGUAACACACCAAGAAAUAACAAAACAUUUUUCUAACAUUCAUAUCAUCGUUUUUAACCAAGAGCAAUGAGUAAAUAAACUCAAAAACUGAUUAUAAACUAAAACCAAUGUACAGUUUCAGUUAUUUAAAACAAUAGUGUAUAUGUAGUUUUCAUAAACCUAAUCUAUUUCCCUAGAAUUUGCCUUACACUAAAGCUAAUUCUACAUCUUUGAAAAAUAUAGUUAAAGAAAGUGAUGUAACCCGUCUGUUUAGUGUACCGAUAGUGAAUCAAUCGCACCUGGGGUGCAUAUCACGUAAGAAAAUUUCCACUAUAAAUCGUCCAGAUCUUUAUAUCGAGGUCAUAAACAGCUGAGUAAAUGUCGCCUGCACAAUAAAAUGGCUAAAGAGUAAACAGAACCGAUGUUGGAUGCAGGCCUAUAAACCGCUAUACACGGCGAGUAUUAAACUUUAACGAGCGACGCGCAGUAAGUGCAUCUGCACACUGCAGUCUACCUACAGUGAACAACUUAUGACUACAGUCACUGAAGAUGGAACAUCAACUCUUAGGUCUACUUACUGUUGGAAACUAUACACGGAUCGCGGAUGAAUGUACGCAGUUUGAUGACAUGAUCAUGAACACAAGAUGCAAUGACUUUUCUUUCUCUUGGUAGUCGUUAAAAGAUUGUGUGGAUCAUUGGUGUUAUACUUCUAUUGCGCUAAAUUAGGUGGUUUAAAGAAAUUUCUUGGAGAAAAUAAGAAAACACUUUUGUAUCAUUUUUCACAAUAUACUUGCCUGAUUAAAGGCUGUGUAAAAAUAGUGUGGCAGAACAACAAGUUCUGUCUUUUGUUACCGGGGCCUAAAUGUUCUGUAUUAUGUCGAUACCUUUACUAUCCUGAAGACAUGUACAUAAAGACGUAGCGACCAGCAUCACGCGCAAUUGUUUAGUGGUACCAAGUAAACAUAUUUGCUAGAGUUUAACUGAAUCCACCCAGUAAACUUAGCCAAAUGUGUAUUUAGGAUAUAAAUGUCUAUAGUCUAGCCAACAGUAUUUUAAAUAUGGAUGUUUAAAGUCAAAUGCCUCACUUCUCGUACUCAAGUGAUAAAAGUGGACAAAAUAAAAUUGAUGUGGACGUUUGAAUGAGAAAACAGAAUAAAGAGAAACAAUAGAUUGCAAUGAUGGCCAUCUGCGAGCGCAGCAGUGCUGCAGUCGACGUUGAUGGGCUGCAAUAAACCAUAAAAUAGGUUUACGGCGAGCCCGAGCAUUACAAUGCGCCUACGAAAUGCAACCGUGAUAUACCAGGACUUUAAUGUCGACCGUAUAGCGCUUGAUUUACGGCAUGAACAGUGUCGCCGUGUACUCGGAGUUUAAUUAAAAUAUUAAACAACGAGUGGAUGGGUCAUCACAGCCGUUGUAGUGGCAAGGUGGUAGUUACUAAACUAGACUGUGACACUGACGCAUUCUACAAAAUAUAAAGCAUAUGUCGAUCAUGACCUGGCAAGACCAAACUUUGACAUUGGUUGUAAACACUUGGCUGCAGACACAGGAAUAGUCUGUCAAGAACACAUUCUAUACGAAUUCUACGAAAUAUAAAGCAGAUAUCACGUCAAUAGUACUUGGCAAGGCUACAGACAUAGACAAAUUUAUAUACAAAAAGACACCUUCCACAAGUAAGAAACUGAUACAACCAGUGCAGACACAUGCAUGGUUGGUCAAGAACAGUUAUACACUUUCUGCAGAUAAGGAGCUGCUGUUAUAAUACAACUAUGGCCUCGGGUCGGACUUUGGAUGGCAAAGUUUUUACAAUAGACACAGGAAUAGUCUGACAAGAACGUCUUUAAACUUUCUACAUUAGAAGAAACCCCUGCAUCGAUUCCACCUUAAUCUCGGUAAGACCAGAUGGCGACAUAAAGGUUAAGUAUUGUUGUAACAUUUGGAUUGAGCUAGUUUUAUAAAUAAAAUUAGAUACGCAUCUCUUGUUUAGAAAAAGAUGUUUUCUCUCAUAACUCUUGAGAGUUUUCAGUGUCAAUUAUUCUAAUUUUCAUCAUUACUUAUUAUCGAUUGUAAAUAAACCGCUUACUAGUGAUCUUAUUCCAUGUCCACGUCAGCCUUUAACUAAAUCAGGCAUUUUUAGCUUUGAUAGGAACAUUAAUUUCAUAUACUGUAUCACUAAAAUUAUCUUCUGUUGUCAUUUGUUACCAAACUAACACAAGUAUACUUACAUAUAGUAGGUAUCAAUGCAUUAAAUUAAGAUAUACAUUUUAUAAGCUCGUUUUGGUGCAUAGAAGGUUGGUGUAGCCAUUGUAACAUGUGGUUUGAAUUCUAAAAAAACUCCACGGUCUUUUAGAACAUAGCCUAGUAUGUCAAAUUCAACAAUCAAAUCACCUAUGUUUUAACGGUGCUCAUACUAUAAUAGGCUACGCAUCGGAAUUUCAAGCAACUGCUUAAAACUCAAGUUACGCCUUUAGAACAUCUUUAUAACUCACAAAUGGUGACAUAGAUAAAUAUUUCAACAUUCAUAAACUCUUAAAGGUUUUAUACCUAAUUUGAGACUUAAAAUAAAAAAUAGAAAAUGAAAUAAGAAUUAAAAUUAAGCGACUUAAAAUCGCUAUAAGCAUAGAAGAAUAGCAUGGUAAUUUUAAAUUUACGAUUUUUAGAAUUUUUCCCGUGACCAAUAACCGUUAAAUCCCCUUCAAUAUACUUAAUUAUUUGUUUUGUAAGCUCUAAAAAUGGUACUAAGAGAAAUUGGGAUUUUUUUGUUUUGAGGGAAAAAUGAGAUAAACCCAUUUUUAACCCAUAAAACCCCCCGCCCGAUCAUGCUGGUUCACGAACUCAUUCAAGUUUAUCCUGCCCUACUCCUUCAAGCCAAAUUUCAUCAAAAAAGGUCAAAGAUUACUCAAAUUCACAGACAUAUAAUAAUUUGAACGAAUGGUGUUUUUGGCCUCUUGGAACAUCAAAAUGAAAAAAGUAAAUCGGUCCCGGGCCCAGAUCUAACCAUGAGACCGACUUAUCAUAAUAGCUACUUCCCUAUAGGGAAAUUCGCUAAAAGAGGAUAAAACUGAAAGAAGACAUAUGCCUACACACUUUUAGACACUAUUUUGUCCAACAAAUGUUAACAAUUUCCUCUAAUCUAUUAUUAUAUUAUUAAAGUGAUACAAUCAAAUUUUAUGUAAACGGUUAAGGCCGUUUACCAAAUAACAAUAUAGGCAUAUUGCAUAUCGAAAUGAAGCUUAGAGUGUGUAGAUUUGCCGAAAAGUAUUGAUAUGGACGAACUCCCUAAGGACUCUGCCCCACAGGCUGAUUUCCAAAGGCCUACGCCUGCAUGUUUUGAAGUUAACGCUGUUCGAAUUAAUUAGUGAACAACAGAUGGCCAAUGCAAUUGACAAUACAGUUUAUUUGUUUACA